GCGUUUAAACGACAUCGUUUAUUUCAGCGUGGUGUGUUUCGUCUUGUCAUAUUUUGUUUAACCGGCAACAACAAAAAUGAAGAUUGAAGAGGUUAAAAGCACGACAAAAACCCAGAGGAUAGCUUCCCACAGUCACAUAAAGGGUCUAGGACUUGAUGAGAAUGGCUAUGCAAUUCAAUCAGCAGCCGGUUUGGUUGGACAAGAACUUGCUAGAGAGGCAGCAGGUGUCGUGGUUGAAUUGAUCAAGUCAAAGAAGAUGGCAGGUAGAGCCAUGCUUUUAGCUGGACCACCAGGAACGGGAAAGACGGCCCUUGCUCUGGCCAUUGCUCAGGAACUGGGAACAAAGGUGCCCUUCUGUCCGAUGGUAGGGAGCGAGGUGUACUCCUCAGAAAUCAAGAAGACGGAAGUUCUGAUGGAGAAUUUCCGCCGCGCCAUCGGACUGAGGAUCAAAGAGACCAAGGAGGUUUACGAGGGAGAGGUGUCAGAACUGACCCCCGUAGAAACAGAGAACCCCAUGGGAGGCUAUGGAAAGACAGUCAGUCAUGUUGUAAUUGGGUUAAAAACAGCCAAGGGAACAAAACAGCUGAAGCUUGAUCCAUCUAUUUAUGAAAGCUUACAGAAAGAGAAAGUAGAAGUAGGGGAUGUGAUAUACAUAGAGGCCAACAGUGGAGCAGUCAAGAGACAAGGUCGAUCAGACAGCUAUGCCACAGAGUACGAUCUGGAGGCAGAGGAAUAUGUCCCCCUCCCUAAAGGGGACGUCCACAAAAAGAAAGAGGUCAUACAGGAUGUCACGCUCCAUGACCUUGACAUUGCUAAUGCCCGACCUCAGGGAGGACAAGACAUUAUGUCAAUGAUGGGUCAGUUAAUGAAACCAAAGAAAACAGAAAUCACAG